AUGGAGUACAAGGGAUAUGAAGCCUCUGAUCUUCCACAUUUGUUUUAUGUUACCAGUCAUCAGGUGGAAAAAUGGAAACGCAACACUGCCCCUUGUGCAACCCAACGCCUGGCAAACUAUCUACUUCGAUCCAGCAACAAUCUUGGUGCCGUCCUCCCGCUGACCAGUGUGGGAUCCAAUACAUAUGGCAAGAGGAAUACAGCUGAGGUUUUAAACAAAGCACCAUUGGAUUACUUACCCCUUUAGAGGGCUACGUAGCUCUGAAGUUCUCAUUGUUUUAUGUAUAAAUUCUGUAGGGAUUUUGUAUGAUAUAGUAGUGACUUUUUCAUUUCUAGUGUGAAUAUAUGAGCCUGUGGGUCCCAUAUUUCAGUUAUCAGACAUGCAUAACUAUUUUGUUAAGAAUUGUUUUAAAUUUAUUGCUAAUCAAAAUCUCAUA